AUGUCCUUGCCCGUUCACUCGCUCUGUUGCCAGCUGAUUGACCCCGUUGACUUGACCGUUGACCGCGACGUGCGGCUAGCUGAGGAGCUCGGAGUGACUCUUCGUUUCGCCCUCAAUACACACGCACACGCAGACCACGUCACUGGAACUGGCCUGCUCAAGAAACGGGUACCUGGCAUCAAGUCCGUCAUUUCGUCUGCUAGUGGAGCUCGAGCUGACGUGUUGGUGGGCCACGGUGACGUCAUACCCUUUGGCAGAUUUGGCCUCCAGGUCCGGUCGACACCAGGCCACACGAAUGGGUGUGUGACAUAUGUCUUGGUGGAGCGUACCGAGACGGCCGCGCCAUUUGCAGCAGCACUAGAGAACUCUCUUGAAGGGAACGUGUGGAGGGCAAGUGAUGGAGGUUUGGAGCGCCUCGGAAGUGCUGGGUUCUCCUUUGACAAGCUCUUAACGAGGAUGGCGUUCACUGGAGAUGCGUUGCUUAUAAGAGGAUGUGGAAGGACAGACUUUCAGGAAGGAGAUGCUGCUGAGCUGUACCGUUCAGUCCACAGUCAGAUAUUGUCACUUCCACCAGACACGCUCCUGUACCCUGCACAUGACUACCAAGGCCGAACUGUAACAUCAGUGGAAGAGGAGCGAAAGCACAACCCAAGGUUGACAAAGGGAGAGGAGGCGUUCAAGGCUAUCAUGAAUGGCCUUGGGUUGGCACCACCAAAGAAGCUCAAGGAGGCAGUUCCAGCUAACAUGGCUGAUGGGGCUGUGGAAGAACAGAACACCACAAUUCUUGCCGCUUAA